UGCGGCUCCACGAUGCCUUCCUCGGCGCUCGGGCUGGCCUUCCUGGCCUUCCAGCUGUGCCCAGCGGUGCUCGGGGGAGCCUGGCAGCGCUUCGCCGUCGUGGACCGAGGCUGGCCCUUGUUCGCCACCAAGGUUGAAAAUUUUCAGUGGGAGAACUGUGGUCCUUCAUCAGAACCUGCUGGGAUUAAGAGCCUGUCUGUAAGUCCAGAUCCAGUUGUUAUCCCAGGAGAUGUCACAGUCAGCGCAUGUGUCUACACCAGUAUAGGCAUCACUUCACCUUUGAAGGCAGUAGUUACUCUGGAGAAGAGACUUGGUGAAAUGUGGUUAAAGAUCCCCUGUGUGGAAGAACUUGGGAGCUGCACGUACGAUGACAUUUGUGCCAAGCUGGACGCUAUUAUCCCUCCAGGCCAACCGUGUCCAGAACCCUUGCUGACUUACGGCAUUCCUUGCCAUUGCCCCUUUAAGGCGGGUACUUACAAUUUGCCAUCCUCUGAAGUUUACAUACCUGACGUGGACUUGCCCUCUUUCCUCACCAACGGUGACUACAGGAUUCAGGUUGUACUGAGUAAUGGCGAUCAAGAACUUUCCUGCAGCAAGAUCUCCUUCUCCUUACAUUCAGGGAAGUGGUGGUUGUGGUGAUCACCAUGCAAGCAUCCUUAGGUCCAAGUGCCAUGUUGCCUUCCUGCUUUUAUUGUCCUGUUGAUAUUAAUACUGAGACACAUUUUGCAGCCUUAAGGGGAGAGAUUAUUGUUUUUAUGAUUGUUCUUAAAUCAAUCGGAGAGACAACUGGAUGCAGCGAAGAAAGGAUCACAUAUAUUUUAAUCAGAAAUGUAUGGCCAGCCAGUGUUCAUUUAUCAUUUAGGAUUUAUCAUUUAAGAUAUUUAUCGUUUAGGAUAUUUGUCCUGCAUGGGAGGGAGCAGGAUGGAUAACAUUCAUGGGGUCAGUGCCGUUUCGUAGCAUGCAUACAUAAAGUAAAAUAAUCAUGCAUAGUAUUUGCACAUUAUGAAAUACAUGGAAUUCCACUGCAUUCCUGGUUCCUCAUAAUGGAACCUUAGAGAGAUGGCAUAUGGGAAAAGGGAUGUGUGCUGAUGACAGGAUAGCCUGACCAAGAAUUCACCAAUAUAUACAUGAAGGAUGAAGCCAAUUUCUACUCUUUUGAAUCACAGCACUGACAACCAAGCAGGUCCUAGUACCUAGAAGUUUUCCCUUACCUAUUUCAUCUGUCCAGAUGAGAUGCUCCUUCAUUAUCCUUCAUUCCAUACACCGGAUGAGCAGGAAGUUUUAAGUGCUCAUUUAAUCUCACCUUGGGCUUCUUGGGUAUAGCUUUCCAAGGGUGUGACAUAGGAGUCAAGCAAGAGAAAGAAGACAAUGAAAAAGGAAGUCAGAGACUCCUCCACCUCUGAAAACCCACCAACUUCCAGUAACCACAAUUUACAAGCUAGAGAUCACGAACUACUGUUUCACAUACCCAGCUUUGCCUUGAACUAUAGACUUGCUUUCUGUAUGUAAUAUUGGUGUUUGCUUGGGAAAAAGUAACUUGGGAUGUAAAAUGAGCAUUAAGGGCAAAGGUGCAGUUUCAAAAAGUUUGAGAAGCCUUCUGCCCUGUGAUGGGGAAAUACGGUCUUUUUUUACUUCCUUAACAGUAUGCAAUAUUAUUGAUUGCAAAGGGGAUGGGGAUGGGACUUUCCUUUCAGUUUGCCUCUGGCAGCUCUCAAUUGAGAAUUAAACAUUUCUGAAAGGAUAUAUCUAGAGCAGUGGUUCUUAGCUUUUUCUUUAUCAGAAACCCUCUUUAAAUAUAUUUUGUUGCUGUGGACCAUUAAUUAUAAAAUUCUCCAAACUGAGCUGACUAGAUCUUAUCUCCUCGCUCCACACUUCCGUGGACUUGCCCUCUUUCCUCACCAAUGGUCACUCUUUGGUCCAUUUCUAUCACUGUCAGUAGUAGUGGAGCAAGGGGUCUGUGGACCACAGGUUAAGAACUGCUAGCCUAGAGUAUUUGUGUGUGUUCCAAUGAAUAAAUUGGCACCUUUCCUUCUAUUGGAAUUUUUUCUUCUCAUCUAACUAGAGGAAGAAAGAUGUUUGUUGACCCUCCAUUUCCUAAGGGACCAGUUGAACCCAUGUUCUGAUAGAAGUCCUAAAACUCAAAGGACUAUUUUAAGCAAACUGAUUGUCUUGUGAAUAUUGGAAGCACAAGUUACCGAGCUGUUAUGCGUGAAAUAUUAUGUACAGUUGCUAUACUACAUCCUGACAGUUUGAGUACCAUGUUUUGUUCCCUUUGACAGAUGGUUAGAUAUUUUUUUGUUUACAUUAUUAUUUGCCUUGUGGAUCUGAGAGGCCAUGAACACAUAUGCUUGGUAUGUUACAUGGGAUGGACUGGCAAAAGGCUGCUACAGCUGGAGAGAAUAUCUAAUCUCAACCUUUUAUAGUUUGACUGAUAGACAUAAGAAUUAGUUCCUGUAGUAUUGCUGAUUGGUUGGAGACACUGGGAAUUCUUCCCGAAACAUGGAUGUAGAAUUGAAUAUUUAGAUGUAUUCAGGCUUUUUUUCUCACCCUAUAUUUUCUUAAAUUUGUACAGCACUCAUCAUAGGCAUUACAGGUUUCUGCGAAUUUAUACCUGUAGUCAUAAUCACAGGUGAUAUUACAUAAGUUGUCCUAGAUGUCAAUAACAUGAACAGAAUUCUGCCUUUUGCAUUUAAUCUCUUCAGGUGUUUUCAUACUUACUGUAAUAAUAUUCUUUAUCUUGUGCCAUCCUUUGUUUGAAUGUGGGUUGUGUGUAUUAUUUCACAAUCUUUGCCAUUGUGUAUGUACAGUGUGUUUACUUUGUGGUCCUCUUAUGGUACCCAACAUGAUUCUGUGUCUUCCCCACUGAGUACCAUAUCUCCCUCUAAUUCAAACACAUACUAAAUCUGUGGGGGAAACAUAAUAAAGUUUAUAGGCAACUAACACUCCAAGCUAAACUUUCAAGGUUUUAGAUAUUAAACUAAAAAUAUUUAAAAGCAUAUGCAUGGUACAACCCCCCCCCCCCCCCCACACACACACACACACAACACACACAAAUAUCUGCAAAGAAUAGAUUCCAAAAAUCCCGUGGAUACCUGAAGCGGUGGAUAAUGGCAAAACCUAUAUUUUUUACUAAACUUUGGUGAGAAGUAUACCAUAGACUAGUGCGAAAGGAUCUAGAGAGCCCCACAAACACUUCUGGGGCAUGUGGGUAAGUGAACCCAGAGAUAUAAAAUCAUGGAUGAGGGGUUGCACUGUAUGUAUGUAGAUGCCUAUGCAUCUCUCCAUUGCGUGUAUAUAUAUCCACAAGUCAAGUGAUAAAGUCACAAGUCAGAGAAUGGCCCAUGAGGAUCCUGUGUUCAGUUGUCUGAGAUGUGGCAACCUUGUCUCAUUCCUCAGUGCUAAUAUAAAACCUACUUCUAAAGAACAUUGUUAAGCCUUAAUUUAAGCAUGUCCCGAUGCUAUAUACUGUGUUUCCCCAAAAAUAAGACAGUGUCCUAUAUUAAUUUUUGCUCCCAAAGAUGCGCUAGGUCUUAUUUUCAGGGGAUGUCUUAUUUUUCCAUGAAGAAGAAUUCACAUUUAUUGUUGAAUAAAAAAUGAACAAUUAUAUACUGUCAGUAGUUGUCAUCACAAACCAGCGUAACCAGACAAACUGUGAAUCCUAUCAAUAAUUUCUUAUUAUUACCAUUAUUUCCAUGUACAACACUCUAUGCUACGUACGUUUACCAAUCUUGCACACUCUGGUGUUCUGUUUGUUGGGCAUGCUUCCAAACAAAAACUUUGCUAGGUCUUACUUUUGGAGGAGGCCUUAUAUUUAACAAUUCAGCAAAACCUCUACUAGGUCUUAUUUUCAGGGGAUGUCUUAUUUUCGGGGAAACAGGGUAGGUAGAUGUGAGAAUAUCAGGGAUAUCGUUUAUUUUUCUGUGCAGUUAUUGUUUUGAAAAAUACAGUAUGACGCCCAUGUCUGCAGGAUCGCUACCAACAUCCAACAAAAUAUGUCCUCUAGGCAUUUUCUAGGUCAUCUAGCAUGACUCUAUAUUAUUUUUGGACCAGAUGUCCUUUAUUUCAGUAGGGUUUGCCAUUAUCCGUUUUUGCAUAUUUCCAGUAGAUGUGGAGGUCGCAUUGUACUUUACUCCAGUCUGUAAGCAAUUAUAAACCUUUCUACUGAUUUCUGCUCUGUGCUAGGAAUCCUGUUCAACUGAUCUCUGAUUAUGUUCAUUAUGUUUAUCACGAUCCAGCUUUGAUUUUUUUGGGUCCAAUAUCAUGUUGAAAAAAUCCAGUGGCCUUUAACAAUGGAGCACUAAAGUUAUUGAAUAAAUCCUUUUAUUGAUAAA